GUUACUCAUAAUUUAUAUUUUUUAUGUUUGCAGAUAGGAAAGAUAAAGCCAUAAAGAAUGUCUGAUAUCAAAUAUUACAUGUCACUAUCUGUGACUGUGGGUGUCAUGUUGGUGGGCCUUCUGUACUCCAUCUGUUUAGCCUGUCAGUGGAUUUAUGGUUGGCCUGACAAGCCUGGGUAUAAGAAGUACGUAGAAGCCCUUAAUCCAAGGCGAAUAUAUCGUCUGACCCUCGCUACACUGGAUCUUCUCAAAUACCUGCAGUAUUGGAAAGUUUAUUUUCAGCUGAAGUCAUGGUAUAACGAUGAGAGGAAUCUAAAGUAUUAUGAAAAGGGCAUCAUGUUUGGCCGCAGAGGCAACAAGCUGGACUUAUACCACCCUCCAAAUGUAGGGAAGCUGCCAUCACCGGCAGUAGUAUUUGUCUACGGAGGUGCAUGGGGCACAGGAGAAAGGUCCACUUACUGUUUACUGGGGAGUCGGAUGGCUGAAGAACUGAAAGCAACUGUAAUUUGUCCUGAUUACUGCACAUAUCCAAAGGGGAAUGUUUUAGGGAUGGUCCAAGAUAUCGCUGACUGCUUGAUUUGGGCCCACCAGAAUGAAGAGAAAUUCAACUUUGACAAAGACAACAUUGUAUUAAUUGGGCAUUCAGCAGGUGCACAUUUGUGUACACUCACCACACUGUUUCUUGUUGAAGAAAGAGAGGAGCUUUCCAUAGAGCCAGGCAAGCAGCAGGAAGUCUUGCUCUCGAUAAGAGGAAUUAUUGGUCUGAGUGGCGUCUACAACAUCGUGGACCAUUAUGAGCAUGAACAGAAACGAGGAGUUGAACGAGUGUCCCCCAUGCACAAAGCGAUGAAUGGUGUGAAAAACUUUCCAUACUACUCACCAACACACUUACUGAAGAAGCUGAGCCAGGACAAAGUCAACAGAUUGCCUCCAUUCGCUUUGCUCCAUGGGACCAAUGACAUUAUGGUUCCUGCUGAAUCUACCAUAAGAUUCUCUGAGCUUCUCACUUUGCGCUCUGUUAAGAUGUCAUUGAAUGUGCCUCAUGGAGUCGCCCACACUGAGACUGCUGUUGAUCUCAUGGUGUCAAACAGACGCCUCUACCGUCCAAUCUACAGAUACAUCAAAGAAGAGUUUAGAAAAUUUCUGGGUACCUGCUGACUGCACGUGAUUAGAAAAGUAUUCACACAGCUCCAAUAUGUGCUGAAUUGUACUGUACUGUAAAUUAAA